CGGGACGCGAACGAAGAGGGAGCGCAACGAGAGAGAGCGGGGCAGCUCGUUUCAGUUCCCUUGCUGCAUCAUUGCCUCGAUUUGGCUGUCUGGAAGGAGGAACGGCAUUGACGCCUUGUGUCCACUUGGCCGCCAGCCCCGCAACCCUGAGCCCCAGCUGUACAUAAUACUGCAUAGGUUAAGGUAAAUAAAGAGAAGCUCCCCCACGAGCUCCCCGUCCCCCAGAAUCCAGAAGUCCCCCGUUAUUUCAGAUCCGAGUUCCUCACAGUCCACCCUUCGAAUCCACCUUGACGAAUCGCCAUUGUUGCGCAUAUCGUCUAUAUCAACAAUUACCCCUCCCCCCGCUUUAGACGUCUACAGAUUUCAAAAUGGUCAAGGCCGUUGUUGCUGGCGCCGCUGGCGGUAUCGGACAGCCCCUGUCCCUCCUCCUCAAGCUGUCUCCUCUCGUUGACGAGCUCGCCCUCUACGAUGUCGUCAACACCCCCGGUGUUGCUGCCGAUCUCUCUCACAUCUCCUCCCCCGCCAAAACCACCGGCUACCUUCCCCCCAACGACGGCGCCAAGGCCGCCUUCAAGGAUGCCGACAUCAUUGUCAUCCCCGCCGGUAUUCCUCGCAAGCCUGGCAUGACCCGUGAUGAUCUCUUCAACAUCAACGCCGGUAUCGUCAAGGGCUUGAUUGAGGUUGCUGCUGAUGUGGCCCCCAACGCAUUCAUCCUCGUCAUCUCCAACCCUGUCAACUCGACUGUCCCCAUUUCCGCCGAGGUCCUCAAGGCCAAGGGUGUCUUCAACGCCCAGCGCCUCUUCGGUGUCACCACCCUCGAUAUUGUCCGUGCCGAGACCUUCGUUGCUGAGAUUGCUGGCAAUAGCAACCCCCAGGAGCUCGUUGUCCCCGUCAUCGGUGGGCACUCCGGCGAGACCAUCGUUCCUCUCUUCAGCAAGGUGUCCCCCUCGGUCACCAUCCCUGACGACAAGUACGAUGCUCUUGUCAACCGCGUCCAGUUCGGUGGUGAUGAGGUCGUCAAGGCCAAGGAGGGUCUCGGCUCUGCCACCCUCUCCAUGGCUUAUGCCGGUUAUCGCUUCGCUGAGAAGCUCCUCAAGGCCGCCAAGGGCGCCAAGGGCCUUGUCGAGCCCACCUACGUCUAUCUCCCCGGUAUUCCCGGUGGUAAGGAGAUCGCGGAGAAGACUGGUGUUGACUUCUUCUCCGUCCCCGUCGAGCUCGGCCCCAAUGGUGCUGAGAAGGCUAUUGACAUCCUCGGCGACAUCACCGAGAAGGAGAAGACUCUCCUCGAGGCUGCCAUCAAGGGCCUCAAGGGCAACAUCCAGAAGGGCGUUGACUUUGCCCACAACCCCCCUCAGAAGCUGUAAAAAAAGUUGAUAGGAUAAUCGACGACUGAUAUGACCCGAACGACCGAUACCCAUUCUCUUCCCCUCGCACGUGUCAUCAGCUUCCUCUCAGUGCGCCGGGUCCAGUACCCGUCACCUUGACGAAUGAGACUCUUAUCGCAAGCGCCGCUUUGCGCCCUAUGUAAGGAUAUGGGGGCGUACUUAUGGUUGCUGUAUGCCUGAAAAGACUGGACUACUAUGUCGCUGGAGGGACGAAAAUAAACAUUAUCUUAUGCAC